AUGGAUGGAAGCUCAUCUGGCACUGACAAAAGCGCUGUUACUGUUUUUCACAGCAAAUCAUUCUUUGCAGUAAUUCCUCAGCGAAUUUAUGCCAACUGCUGCCUCACCAUCAACCUUGCCCAACUGACAUUAAGUGACGAGCAACCAAACUCCAGUGGCAGUGCCAACUCUACUACGGCAGAUCCUAAACCUUCAUCUAAUGACAUUCUCUGUGGAGAAGAAUUUAAAAAUGCUGCCUUGGUGUCAAACAAUUUGAAGGAAAAUCUGAGUGAGUCUAGCGAUCGAGAGGCACGAAUGCAUGACGAAAAACUCAUCGAAGGGCCGUCCCCGAAAAGGCGAAAGAAUCAGACAGUAGCAGAGUAG